UGCGUGAGCCAGAAAAGUGCGUUUUAGAAUGAUUACACGGAGAGACAGAUUAUACAGCUCUACACAACUGUUGUUUUAAUCCCCUGGGCGAGGAGAUUUAGCAAAGAAAAAACACUGGCUUUAAACCCAGCAGCCAUAUUGUAUGGAAAAACGACGGAAAGACUCCUCUUUUCAGAAAGGUCGUGUUCUCAGACACAUCUCUGUCAAGACUUUUCGGGACUUUAAUUGUUUUUUCUUACUGGCGGCGGUGGGUUUCUUUCGGACAUCUAGUUUGCCAGCUGGUUGAGGAAUUCCGAGAUUGGGACUAGUUUUUGAACCAUUUAAAACAAUAUUGUGCUAAUCUAUUUGGUUUAAAGGUGUUAAAUUAACUGUGUAAAACAUGAAGGACCGAUUGGAGCAACUUAAAGCGACAUGUGAUCAAGAUGAUGACGAGGUGGAGAUUGCUAUGGACAACGCAGCCUUCAUGGACGAAUUCUUCUGUCAGAUUGAGGACAUCAGGAGCAGUAUUGAUAAAAUUGAUGAGAACGUGGCGGAAGUCAAAAAGCUUUUCUCGGUCAUCCUGUCUGCUCCCACAUCAGAUCAGAAAACACAGGAUGAUUUGGAGGCAAUCACCAAUGACAUAAAGAAGAUGGCCAACAAUGCAAGAAACAAACUCAAGACCAUUGAGAGGAAUCUGGAGGCAGAGGAGCAGGAGAGGGUGUCGGCUGACAUGCGAAUACGUAAAUCACAGCAUGCAGUGCUGUCCAGGAAGUUUGUGGAGGUAAUGACAAAGUAUAAUGAAGCCCAGGUGGACUUCAGGGAGAGGAGUAAAGGACGUAUUCAGAGACAACUAGAGAUCACUGGAAAAGCAACAACAGAUGAGGAACUGGAGGAGAUGUUGGAGAGUGGCAAUGCUGCUGUGUUUACUGCAGGGAUUGUGGAUGCUGGGGUCUCUAAACAAGCCCUGAGUGAGAUUGAAGCCAGACACAAAGACAUUGUCCGUCUGGAAAGUAGCAUCAAGGAGCUGCAUGAUAUGUUUGUAGACAUUGCAAUGCUGGUGGAGAGCCAGGGUGACAUAGUUGACAACAUAGAGCAGAAUGUAUCCAAGUCAGUGGACCACAUAACAGUGGCUAAGGAACAGACCAAAAAAGCUGUAAGGCAUCAGACCAAAGCACGCAAGGGUGGAAUGAUUGACAGGAUUGAGAGCAACAUGGACCAGUCAGUGGGCUUUGUGGAGCGGGCCGUAGCAGACACUAAAAAAGCUGCAAAGUUUCAGCAAGAAGCUCGUCGUAAAAUGGUGAUAAUAGUGGUGGUUGUGCUCAUUUUGCUGGCCAUUCUAGCUCUCAUAAUCGGGUUGUCAGUGGGAUUGAAGGGAAGCUGAUGAGCUAUUUGACUAAGAGGAGAGCUAAGGGUGAGUAACUCAAAGCAAAUAAGCUCUGUAGUACCUCAAUGGGUGGUUAUGAAGCAUGCUUUGUAAAAGGGUUUGCACGCUCUUUUCCGUGUGUGUGUGUGCGCGUGUGUGCGUGUGCGUUCACAGGGCUUGCUCGAGGUGUGUUUGUGUGUAUUUGAAGUUCUUGGGUGUGUGUUUUUCUCCUAUUCUGCAGCACUUGCUUCUGGUUAAUGCUGAACAAACAAAGCAAUGCUAGAAGUAUGUUACAGUUUCAGCUGGUGUUUGGUCUGUGGGCUCCUUUCAAUGCUCUUGUUCCCCAUCAUUAACACUAUUCUCUCUAUGUGUCUCCCUCUCUGUAGAAGAUGAUCAUAAUCGGUGUAGUCUGUACUGUCGUUGUUCUCAUCCUCCUCAUCAUCAUCCUCACCCAGACACUAUAACAGGACUGCCAGCAUUAUCAGUUUAUUCAUCAUCCACUCCAUCAUAUCCUCCUUCAGCAAAAAAAUUAUUCUGAUCACUCCAUAUGGAUAUGAUCAUAUUUAACCCGCAGAUGUACAACAAGAAAACUUUUGUCCAAUCAGAUCUGUCCUUUCCUGGUCUGUAAGGAUAUUUUUGACUCCCUUGGGUGGCUUGGACAGUUUGAGGAUGUUGUGCUGCAAAUGAGGAAAUGAAACUGAAGCUGACAUGAGGUACAAUACCUGUUGUAUCUCUGCGGAGGGGAAAAGAGAAUUGAAAAAUAACCGAUCAUAAUGUCACUAAACCUUUCACUGUCCAACAUACAAUGCCAAAGAAUCAGCCUGGAAUUGUUUGUCAUCUUAAACUGAUUUUAAUGUCCAGGAAGUGGGACCCUUGUGAAGCCUUGUAGAAGCACAUCAUCUCCCUUAUCAUUAAUUCUUGCCUUUAUGAGCCUUGACACAUUUUGUGAUUGAAAAGCGAGCUAUUGUAUGUUCACUGUAUUGGGAUUUUGUUGGUUUUAGGAGGUGUUCCAUCACUUUCACAUUUCAAAAUAUGUCUAUUUCUGUAAUUAAGAUCAGAUGAUCAUGUGAAUAAUAUAAUUAUUAUUUUGUGUGUAGUCGAUAUAUCUAGCAUUCAGUAUGGCUCGGUUCUUUAACUUGAAGAGGAUGGGUGUGCUCACUUAUGACUCUAUAGUUUGUAAAGCCCAGUGGUUCUUAUUUUAAAUAUGAAGGAUGGUGCUUACAGAAACACAUUUCAUGGACAGGUGGAGCUAAGAUAUGCAAACAAUAUAUGAUAAACAUGCAUUCAUUGCUUUAAGAUUAUCCAAACACUUUGAGAAAUUCCUCAUGUGUUUUGUAUUUCUGCUAAGUUUGUAACAAUGUUAGCCAUCUUGACCUUCUACAUAUUAUUUAUAGACAUGAUUGCCUCCCCUUUUAAAAUGUUUUAUUGCCAAAGAGAGUCAGGUAGUAAGACUAUUUCAAUUUCAGUGCCAGAAUAGUCUAAUAAGUAAGUAAAAGUAUUCUAUUUAUUAUAUGUUUUGAUGACGUUGCAACAUAAGGAUAUAGUGUAAGUGGACACUCUAACUUACAGUAAGGCCUUCCAGACUGCUGGCUCCUUACUGGUGUGAUAUGCAUUUCCUGGCAUAUUUUUUAUACAAGUCAGUAAAAAGAAUUUCAGUCAACUUUACACUUCAUUUGCUAGUUUAUUAGGCACAAAUAUAUGAAACCAAUGCAUUCUAAUACACCAGCCCUGCAAUAAAUCCUAUUGUCAUGAAGGUAACAAUGUAAAUGUUUUGUUUAAAGAGCUUUAGAGAUAGGUUUGUUGUAAACCAACAUAUGUCGUUGGUACCGAGUUCAACCUCCAAAGAAACCGUAAAGCACAUAUCUAAAGCAGUUUCAACAAAACUGUACAUGAUAACGCAAUGAUGAAAAAUCAGUAAAUACUUUAUCUAGCCCUGACAAAAUCAAAUGUUAUGUUACAUAUGUCAAUUAACCAAAACAAAUGCAGAAAGGAUUAAUUGCAGGGCUGUUCUAUUAGACUGCAUUAGUUUUUCAUGUAGCUAUGUGUGACUAAUAAAUUGGCUUUAACUGGUUGGUAACCAUCAUUUCAGUAGGUCAUUUUUUCUUGGAAGAGGGAAUAUGUCACACAGUUUAUUGAACCACAGUGCACAUGUCACCCAGAGGCUUUAAUAUGGCAAUUAAAGCAGGUGAAUUCAGCUGUGCAUACACUACACACAUACAUACACUAUUUCCACUAAUUAAAGAGACCGGUAUUGAACACAUGUAGGGGUUUUGUAGUGCAAAGACGUAAUUUGUAAAAAUGUCCUGUGCAUUAUGAGGGCCGCUAUCACUGAGGGAAGUCUUUGUUUCUGUUAGACCAGAGCCUGAAUGGUUCCUUUUGAUUCUGGUUGUGCAGUGAGCACUUGAAAGUGAGAGCCCUCCCCAGCUUGGUCUUUUGAACACACCGUCUGCUCUUGUGGCUUCUUCUGCCCUUGACUGUUCAAUGCUAAUGUUUCUAUCCAAGCCUUUUUCUUCACACCACUUUAGCCAUCAGUAUGGGCUACAAUAAGAGAAGGAGGAGAACGCUGAAGCUGUUGUACACUGUUUUAAAUUAAGACGUCACAGAUUUUAUUAAAAAUUAAAGAUUUUAUGUUUUUUAAUGACUUGGUUCCUUUGUGAGUGACAGAAGGUAAAUGUGUAACUGAAUUUUUUAACUUUUUGAUGACCGUGUUAUGGAGGAGCAGUGUAAAUGUUUUUUAUGGGAUGGUAGUAGCUGUUGUCAGCAGAUUUUUGAUACAGCAUGUUAACCACUGUGUUGCAAAGUACAGUUUUUAAAGACAAGUGUCAAAGAGGAGGUAAGUUUUUCACCUUUCCUCUCUCUUUAUACACACACACACACACACCCUAAUCUCUUGUGACCCUUUGUUCUCCUUUUUAUCAAUCAUUUCCUCACGCCAGUGUCCUUUUAAUGUGAAUAAUUGUAAAGCCUAAUUCCAGUGACUGCUGCCUUCUGACUCCUAUUUUCUUUUAUUAAAUCUACAGAAAAAGAUGAUGAUUACAUUGUGCUGUUCCAUCAUUGGAAUCGUUGUGUUCUCCUAUAUCUACAGCUUCUUCUCAUGAAAGGUUUUACACAGGUAAAACACCUGCAUCGGCCUUUAACACUAUGAAUUCAGUUCUUUCACGUUGUGUUGAAAUAAUGUCAUAUUUUUUGUCUGUGUUGUUUAAAGGGAAGAGACAAACAAAGUUUCCUGAGGUGCUCCCCAGUUUUACCCUGACCAAUAUUUGAAUGUUUUCAAAUGUAAUAAAGUAGCCUAUAUUCAAAAAAGAUUUUAAAAAAAAACAUAACAUCCCUGUGCACUUAACCUUUUAUUAAUCAUUUGAAUUUAAAUUAUUUUCUCGCUGUAUACAGUGUUUGAAAAUGUGUUAUAAAUGUGUAGAUUUUUCUCAGUCUGCCUGUUCAUAACCAGAUGGCUCAACAUGUGACUUAUAAUCAUUUUGGACCACUCUGAUCGACUGUAGUCUACCGCCCCCUGGUGGUGCAUAGAAGGAGUCAUAUUUAUUUAUUAUCAGGAAAUUAUUUCAAAGGAACUUCGUAAAAAUGCAUGAAGAUGAUUAAGCUUGUUUUUGUUUGCUGUUUUUGGCUCUAAAAGACCAUUCAUGAUCAUAAACCUAAUUGUGCUCUGUUAAAAAAUAUCCAAUUAAGUAGUAUUUUCUGACUUAUUUUUUUCGUCAUAAUUUGAAUAAAUUGUGUGUGAUUUUGUUGUGUGUGAUCUGUCUGUAUGCGUCUGCUGAAAUGCUUGAUGGUCUUUUCUGCCACUCGCUCACUGGCUGUGUCAACCCAGAAAAGCCUGUUAUGUAAUAAAAGAUUUCUGUGCGUUGUACCAAG